CGUUGGACUGUUGUUGUGGCAGCGGCACCAUGGCAAGCUUGCUGAAGGACGUUACGCUGGUCGGGCCUGCGGGUGAGCAGGUACCGGCAUCGACACUCGAGGGCAAGGUCCUGGCCUUUUACUUCAGUGCAUCUUGGUGUGGGCCGUGCCAGAGCUUCACGCCAAAGCUGGCCGAGUAUUAUGAGUCUUUCAAGGCCAACCAUGCAGAAAAAGACCGGUUUGAAGUGAUCUUCAUGUCAUCGGAUCGUGAUGAAGACUCUUUCAACACGUACCGCAAGAAGAUGCCUUGGCCCGCUUUGCCCUUGAACCACCCCCUGAAGAAAGAGCUGGCUAUGCGCUAUGGCGUACGUGGCAUUCCUUGCUUGGUGUUUGUGGAUGCCGACGGCGCCACGCUCAACACUCAAGGCCGCGCAGCUAUUGUGCAGGAUCCCGAAGCUGAGGAAUGGCCUUACUCUCCCAAAAGCUUUGAAGAGGUGCUGGGCGACAGUUUUGUCAAAGCCGAUGGCACUUUGAUCGAUCAAAGCCAUUUUAACGACAAGUACAUUGGUCUCUACUUCAGCGCUCACUGGUGCCCCCCUUGUCGUGACUUUACGCCACACCUGGCCAAGGUGUAUGAAAACUUGCAAGCACAAGGAAAGCCUUUUGAAGUCAUUUAUGUGCCCGCUGACCGCACAGAGGACCAAUUCAACGAGUACAUUCAGGUUAUUGCCAGGCUCUUACGCCAAGGUAUGCUCUGUGUGUGUGUGUGUGUGUGUGUGUGUGUGUGUGUGUGUGUGUGUGUGUGUGUGUGUGACCAGUCGCGCCGACAUGCUUUGCUCGAGCGCAUGGGUGUUCAAGGGUUUCCCACGCUGGUGAUCCUGAGCCCCGAACGUUUGGUGGUCAACGGCCAAGGCCGAACAGCUGUGGCAGCGGAUGAUGAGAACGGCUCUGAGUUUCCUUGGGCCCCCAAACCCUUCUUGGUUCUGUCCGAGAGCACCGUGGCCGACCUCAAUGCCGACCCUUUCUUGCUCGUGUUGCUCGAGGACGAGGCAGCCGUAACUGCCGCCACACCCCUGCUUCAGGCGGUGGCGAAAGAUGAGGAGGCAGCAGCCAAGGCGGACGGUCACGAUGCCCUGCGCAUCAUGGCAGCUGAUGUGGAUGGCGAGGUCACAGGGUUUAUCCGUGACUUCCUGAACCUCGAGGACGAGGCACCACAGCUUGUUGUUCUCAACGUCCCCAAGCAGGGCAAGUUCCGUGUGCCUUCCACUGACCUGUCCCGCGAGAACCUCGAUCAACUGCUGGCCGAUUACCGUGCCGAUCGCAUUCAGUAUGGUAGCUUGAAGGCUUGA